UUGAAUUGUCUAUGUUUUAGUGCGUUUGCUAAUGUCCAAAUGACAAUUGACAUUACCAGUUAUAAUUUAUGUGUUGGUUCAAAUAACAUUUUAGCUUCUGUAAAUAACUUAAGAGAAAGAUAUAUUCGUACAAUUAAUUUUGUGUGUCUGCAAGUGUAAAAUGGCUACAGAAGUAAUGAAGCUUGAGGUGGAAUCGGAGUCGUGCUGCGUGUGCGGCAACACCAGCGGCGAGUUAUUGACGCCAGAAGAGCAUGAUGCGGGUGCUUCCCUGGGGCAGGUGCCGCUUCGGGCCAUGCUGCUGCAGCUCAACAAUAGUAAGGUGGUGCCGGAGGGCCGGCUGUGUUCCAAUUGCAUUCGGCGCACACUGGAGGCGUAUGAGUUCAGCUCGGCGCUAUCGGCCGGCGUGCCUCCACUCAGCGAGAAGAUCAGAGCACUCCGGAGAAGAUUGCAUGAGCUGACACAGAAGAUAGACGUAUUCAUAGUGGUGGGCGGUUCGGGCGCGGCGGCCGGCGGCGUGUAUAGCGAGGACGACAUCAUCAUGGUGGACAAGCACGCGCUCGCGGCCGCCGCGCGCGCCGACGACGACGACCUCGAGCGCGCCCGCAACGCGCGCGGCGACCACGUCUACCAGUGCACCGUCUGCCCCGCCUCCUACCCGCGCGUCGCCGACUACCGCGCCCACUGCGCCGCACACGCGCUCGGCGCCGCGCACGCGUGCUGGACCUGCGGCGCGCAGUUCGGCACGCGCGCCGCGCUGCGCUCGCACUCGGCGGCGCACGCGGCGGCGGCGCUGCGCUGCCACCUGUGCGCGCGCACGUUCGCGUCGGGCGCGGAGCUGCGGCGGCACGAGGGCGCGUGCGAGGCGCGCUGCCCGGCGUGCGGCCGGCGCGCGCCCGACCGCGCCGCGCUGGCCGCGCACGCCGCCGCCGCGCACGGCCGCGCCGCCUCGCCGCCGCACGUGUGUCCCGCCUGCUUCCGCACCUACCGCGACCCCGAGCUGUUCGCGGCGCACCUGCUGCGGCACCGCCAGGCGCGCCAGUUCGUGUGCGGGUACGACGGCUGCAUACUGCGCUUCGCCACGCGCAACAACCUCAUGGCGCACAUCCGCAAGUGCCACGCGUCCGAGGCUGCACCGACGACGCCGCCGCGGGAGACGACGCCGCCGCCCUCCACCACGUGCCGCGAAUGCGGACGCAUAUUCGGGUCGGUGGCCGCCAUGAAGCGCCACGCUCGUGUGCACCGCCGCGCGCAGAUGCAGCAGGAGGAGGGCGGCGACUCGCAGGAGGAGGAGCACAUGGAGGUGGAACACGACGCGGACGGCGAGGCGGAGGCGGACGGCACCACGACGGAGGUGGAGUACCUCGAGGUCGAGACCCUCGACGACAUGGACGAGCAAGAACACAAGCACCACAUACAAUGACGCACCAGCGGAAUGUCUUAACCACAUGCAGGAAUACUAAAUGGGGUGAAAACAAACUAAAAUUAAACUUAUACAUACAAAUAAUCCUGUUAAAUAAACUUCAUUAGAAUUAUUUAACUAAGAGGGGGCUUUAGUCAAGUUACAUUGUUUGAGCUCAAACUCUAUUCACAAGAACUUUAUUUUCAUUAAUACCUCUCAAGGUCAUCAACACCCACAACUUCUUUGGCUUUGUGAAGGGUUAUGGGCAGUGGCGUAACCUUUUCUUCCGACUAAUUUAAUUUUAUGGUGUUCUGUUAAAAUCUGUUACUUCUAUUCACCUUUAUUCCUGUUCACUAUGUUUAGUUUUGUCGUACACGCCUGACCCCAAAGAUGUUACAAAACCUACUAACUGUUUUCAUAACAUUUAUUUAUGUGAAUGUAAUGAAAUUUAUAAAAUCUUUUCUGCAGUAGAACAGUUCAUUUCUUUUUAUACUUGUAACAAUCGCGUUUUAUGUUUCCAUCAUUUUCACCCCUCAUCUCAUUGUUAACCAUCUUUUACUGAUAUACUUAGUGUAAUGAAAUAAAAGACUUUGAUUAUGCCUACAAAAUAUUUACGAGAAAAUGUAGAGGUAAAUAUAUUCGAACAUAGAAUUGUUUUGUAUGAAUUUAGUUAAUAGUAUUUUGUAAGUUAGCGAUAUCUGUAGUAGGUGGCAAAAAUGGGCGCAAUAUCCUUCUGCUGGAGCACAACUAUUAAAUUUUUUCCGCCCUAAAUAUUCAUGAGCUAAAAAGUGCACUUGCACCCCUUUAAAUUAAACUUAAUAUUUAUUGUAUAGUGCGUAGAUACAUAUGCAUCUCCUUAAAAGUAAUCCUGGCGAUGUUCAUGGUUAAAUCCUACCACAAACAAUCCUGUCACGGCGCUCGUGACAUCAUCAGCCAGAUAAUUGAAAUUGCGGAAUACUUUACAAAUACCACUCAAACUCCACUUUUAUAAGUAAUUUUACUUUCGAAUUUACAGCAGGCUCGAUCAUCCAUGAAAUGGAAUUGUCGUACAAAAUUUUUUGGUUAUAGAUGACUCGCUUUGAUUGGUUUAUUCUUGGGAUCGAUCCAUAGAUAACGAUAAGGAUUGUAUAUUUACUAUGCGAUAAAAAUAUAAUGUCAUCCGAAGAACGCACUAGGUAGUACAUUUCCUACCUGAUCACGUCAUAUGCGGUCUUUGUACACCAGCUGGUGAUUGCGUUUUGUGAUUUUUUCGACGCAAAUAAUAUAUUAUGUAAUAAUAUGUAAUAUUUAGAGGAAUAAACUUGUUAAAGUA